AUGAUGCAUGAUCAUAUGAAUCUGAAUGAGCAUGUCUUGUCACUCCUUGCAAAAAGCAACCAUCUUGGUCAUCUCAAGCAGCUCCAAGGCUACCUCACCUCACCGUCGCUGGCCAUGCCCAAACUCAGUUCUACGCUUUUAAGCUCGUCCGUUUCUGUACUCUCUCUCUCUUUCCAAUCUCCAUUACGCUCGCCUUAUCUUCAUCACCUCAAACCACCCAACGCUUAUCUGUACACAGCCAUGAUCACCGCCUAUGCUUCUCAACCUGAUUACGUCUCUGCCUUCACGUUGUUCCGCGACAUGCCAAACCAAGUUACAGUUGUCUGUGCACUUUCAGCAUGUGGCCACACUGGGAUGCUUCAGCUUGGAAAAUGGAUACAUGGUUACCUAUAUAAAAAUGGGUUUGUUCUUGACUCGUUUACAUCAAAUGCUCUUGUGGAUAUGUAUGGGAAAUGUGGAAACCUUGAACAGGCAAGAAAGGUUUUUGAGAUGAAUCCGGAAAAAGGCCUAACAUCAUGGAAUUCAAUGAUUAAUUCUUUUGCGCUUCACGGGCAAAGUGAUAGCGCAAUUGCCAUUUUUGAGCAAAUGAUGGAGUGCGGUGAGGGUGUGUAA